AUGUCAGUACCUUCGUCCGGUGUCCCUUCCGUAAAACCAGAUUUGGACACUCCAACUGCUACAGAUUCAUCGGUUACUGCUCCUGGUAGUGCUAUAUCUACCAGCACUAUUCCUGAUGCUGUGUUUGAUUAUAUUGUGUGCACUGAUUUCGACAAGACCAAAGGUUUGAACAUCGCCAAGCAAUUUCCAUUGAAUUUGCCUCUUAUAUCGAACCAGUUGGAUAACUUGUUGGGUUUGGUCAUGCCGCUAAAUUUGCACAAGUUCUUGAACAAAGAGCACUACUCGCUUAUUCCCCUCUACAUCGAUUCCACUACAGGUGUUCUUUCUUACGCAAGAGACACUCCAUAUUUUGUUCCUUGUUAUUUAUACAGUUUGAGCUACUUUCAACAUGACGAUAGCUACCGUAAUGGCACUGCAAAAGCCAUUUCCAUUGUCUCUAGACUCCCCAUAGUUCAUGUCUUCAAACCACUAAUGUAUUAUUUGUUAAGGGAGCAGUUUAGUGAAAAUGCUGACUAUUCCCAGAUUGAGGCUGUUUGGAACAAUAUCAAUAAGCUUUGUAUCCCAGAACUUGUCACUUAUUUCGAGAAUUUAUCCUAUGACGAAAGGUUUGUACUUUCUCGUUUGGAACAAGGUGAACCUCCUCUUCCUGCAGAGUUGAAAAAUGCUUUUCCCCAGGUAUCUGGUUUUGAUUCCGGCUUUUUGAUUAAAACUGCCGUUAAUUUGGGUAAAGGUCAUAUCAAAUUCCCUAUCCAGAUCCCUAUAUCAUCUAUGUUUUGUUCUAAAUAUGCCAUGUUUGGUUCGGAUCUUCAAAAGGACUCUAAUCUACGUUCCUUUUUACUAGAGCUCAGAAGCUCCUCUCUCGUUUUCGUCAACCAAUUCUCCGAAACUGCUAUGACUCCUUAUGUUGGUAUAAAGCCUCUAAUGGUUUUUCUUAAUGCAAUGCUCCUACAUAAGAAGAUCGUGCUGUAUUGCUACGAUUCUUGUUACAAUAGAGUUAUGGACUUUGGUUCUUCUUUAUUUUGUCUUUUCAAUGAUUAUGCUACCACCUCUGCCUAUUUGUUUUAUCCAAUCAUGGAUUUGGGUACUCUUGAUUUGAUUGAGAACUCAAAGUGCUUCCUCAUUGGUACAUCCAAUCCUCUUUUCAAAGAUAAAGUUGACUGGGACAUCUACUAUGACAUGGAUUCCAAGAAAAUCUUCGUUAAGUCCACCGGCUCGACAACGUAUGGCUCUGAAUUUUUUUACGAAGGUCCUGUCCUUAAAGAGGAUAAACGAAAGAGUGUUAUUGGCACUGGCUUCAGAAAUUUGUUCAAGAAAUAUGCGCCAGCUGACAUGAGAGACAUCUGGAAUGAUUCUAACUCUGCCAUCGCAUCCUCUAAUGCCUCCUCGAUCUCUUCCAUGUCUUCCUCGGGUUCCAUAUCUGCAUCUCUGGUUUCCAUAUGGAAUCCAAAUUACUUCCCCCGAAUUAAUCACGACAAGAUCUCGAAAUUCCUUGACUCCCAGGAAAAUUCCGACUUCCAAUUUGGUUUCAAGUUUCAAAAAAUUGCUUAUGGCAAAUCGAUCUUUGCUGGGAAAUCUGUAAAGCCUUCUGUUGAUGUUAUGUUGGAUACCCAAGUUAAAAAAUUGCUUAAAGAACAUCAUACGGACCUCACAAUUUACAUGGUAUUGACAAAUUAUCUUCGCAACUUGACUUCCAAUGUUCUUCCUUCUUUUUACCACUACUUGAAUCAUGUGAGGCUUUCAGAAUACAGAUCUUUUGUCGACAGUAAAUUGGAAGGUGAGGCUUACGUUAAAAGUUCCAGAAAUAGUACUUCGACAUUCUUAGAACUUCGAAACUUUAUCAAGAAUCACAAAGUGGUUCAACCAUUCCCUCUCAAUUUCAGAUAUUCGUCUGAAAUGACCUUUUUAGAUGAUGUCAGGCAGUCACAUCACUACGCCAAGAUUGUUUCGAAUAACUGCCAGUUGCUCAAGCUAGCCCUUGCUUAUAAUCAUCUCCAGUUUAGAAGAAACAGUAGGACUGCAGAUCAAAUUCCUGGCUUUUUGUUUGAUUGGCAAGGUGAGACGAUCAGAUAUGAUCCUCACUAUGCUAUUUCCGUUUUGGAUAAGUUGAUAGACGGUAAAACGGCGCAGAGUUGGAAUCUCAACGGUUACUUUUUGUUGCAGUUUUAUAAAGCUAUCAACCAAAUCUUGAAGAGUGAUAAGGAUAAUCUGUCUAAGUUACUUGCCGACUUCUUUGUCGUCCAAGGGGAUUUUGAUGACAAUAAAAUAGACUUCACUAAUGAUAAUCGUGCAAACGAAAAUCGCAACAAUGUAGCUGAUGACGAUGACGGCAACAACCGCUUGGAUUUAAUGACUCGCUGCUAUAAUGUGGGCAUGGGUAGAUUCAACAAAUUCGUUCUGAUAGCAGCAACAUAUCAGAUUGCUCGGGAGAACACAGAUCCCACUCAAAAAAAGGACUUGCUUUUAACUGAAUUCAAAAAAGUAUUGAGUUCUGUCCUUAACAAUCCUUUUUUUAAGGGUCAUAUGGUACAUCAUUUAGACGAUUUCAUGAAGCUCAACAUCAAUGAUUUCAUAGACUAUCAUAUGUAG